AUGAAUCAACUGCGAAAGUUAGCUCCUGUUGGUGGUAGUGGUCUUCUGGGUCUUGUUGGGUUGGGUCUUCUUGGAUAUGGAGUACAAAAAUCACUUUACACAGUCGACGGUGGUCAUCGUGGUAUCAUGUUUAGCCGUAUUGGCGGUGUCAAACCCGAUAUUUAUGCAGAAGGUCUUCAUUUUCGUGUGCCCUGGUUCCAAUAUCCUAUUAUCUAUGAUAUCCGCUCUAAGCCGAGGAAAAUCACUUCACCCACUGGAAGCAAAGAUUUGCAGACAAUAAAUAUUACUGUUCGUGUCCUCUCUCGUCCGGAGGUCUCUAGUCUGCCUGAUCUUUACCGUACACUUGGCACUGACUAUGAUGAGCGAGUUCUUCCUUCAAUUGUCAACGAGGUGUUAAAGGCAGUUGUGGCCAAAUUCAAUGCAAGCCAACUCAUCACACAGCGUCAACAGGUGUCGCUGCUUAUUCGCAAACAACUUAUUGAUCGUGCCCGUGAUUUUCACAUCGUUGUUGAUGAUGUAUCUAUCACCGAUCUUACAUUUUCGCAAGUCUACGCAUCGGCUGUUGAAGCGAAGCAGAUUGCUCAACAAGAAGCCCAAAGAGCUCAGUUUUUGGUCGAAAGAGCAAAACAGGAACGUCAACAAAAAAUUGUCAUGGCUGACGGUGAAGCACAAGCGGCGAAGCUCAUUGGUGAUGCUCUACAGGCAAAUCCUGGAUAUCUCAAACUGAGGAAGAUCAAGGCAGCUGCAAAUAUUGCUAGGACGAUUUCGCAGUCGUCCAACCGCGCGUUUCUCAAUUCAAAUACCUUACUUCUCAACCUAUCUGAUCCCCAGUUCGAUGCCAGUGUUGAUAAAGUCAUUAAACGGCGAUAG